CAGAAUAGAGAAUAGUGGGCAGAAAAUAUAAAGAAUAGAGAAAAAUAUACCAUAAAAUUAAAUACAUUUAUUGAGAAUAAUGAGGUGCUAAAAUAUAAAGAAUAGAGAAUAAUGGGCAAACAGUAUAAAGAAUAGAGAAAAGUGACCAAAAAAUUAAAGAAUACGAAAAUGAAGGACCUCCCAUCCAAACCCUCUGCUAUUAACCAUUUAAACAUAGUAGAGGUAUAUAAUGAAUUUCUUAAUCGCCGAAAUUGACUUGACGUAGACUUGAAAGUUUCCGUAAUAAGGUCUGAGAUGUUAUCUGGCUUGAUUAGAUAUAUGCCUUGGCAAGCAAAAAACAAACGUAUAUACGCUUUCCUGACUUAAAGAACGAGAUGGGGAGACUUUGUGUAAAGGACGGUAAUAAGUUUAAUGUGCUUUGCAUGCUGAUUUUAAUUACAGUACUGAUGGUAUUGCUAUCCAUGGACUCUCAAAAAGGUCUAAAGGUAAAACAGCGUAUUUAUGGAAAGACUGCAUUAAGGCAACUUAAAGGGUUAAUAGAAUUGCCAGAUACAACAGAUCAAUCGAUCGCAGACACAAAAGCCCGUAUAAAACCUAAAGACGUUCCUCUAAUCUACACCGUGACGCCAACGUAUUAUAGAUUAACACAAAUGGCAGAUUUAACACGACUUGCAAAUACUCUACGGAAUGUUAGACGCUUACAUUGGAUUGUUGUUGAGGACUGGACUUUUACAAACCACAACGUACACGAUUUAUUACAGACUUCCAAUAUUUCCUUUACGUAUAUAGCACAAGCAAAAAGAAAAUCAUCAAAUGCUUCAAAAGGAAAUGAUCAGAAAAAUGCAGCUAUUCAAUGGAUAACCAAGAAUCACCGUUUUGGAGAACCGGCAGUUGUCUAUUUUGCGGAUGAUGACAAUACUUACGAUCUACGUUUGUUUGAAGAGAUGAGGUACACUAAAAAACUUUCCAUGUGGCCUGUUGGAUUCUCUGGGAAAAUGAGGUUAGAGAAACCUAUCGUCAAAGAUGGAAAGGUGACGAACUUCAGCGCGUGGUGGUCAAACCAUCGAGUGUUUCCUGUAGACAUGGCUGGUUUUGCUAUCAAUACCGAUGUUUUAUGGAAUUAUUAUCCAAUGCGAUUUGAGACUAUAGUACCAGCAGAUACGUGUUGUAUGGCAGAAACUCAUUUCUUGGAACAAUGUUGUACAAGGGAAGAAAUUGAACCAAAGGCAGACAACUGUACAAAGGUCUAUGUAUGGCAUACGAAAACAGUGAAGCCAGGUCUGAAAGUUGACCAAUCAAAAUAUGAAGAGAUAUAUGUUUAGUCAGAGUCUUAUUAAACCACAAAUCACAAGACUAAAUUAUUCGAUGUUCUACAUUGCACAGACCAGUGUUUUGUCAGAGCCUAAGAAUCCGAAACAAGAAAAGGACCUAACGUCACAAUGGAACUGCUCUCAAAUUUGCGCACAGAAAGGAAAUUUAUGAUAUCAAUACAAGCUAAAAGAGUCGUAAUUGUUCGCUUUGUCUUCCUUGUUCCUUCCUUUUAAAGACUUAUAUGUGAAAAUGCACUUUCUUUAGCUUGUAGUUUAUAAACUAGAAGUAUUUUAUUUUUAUAAUAUACAGUCAAUCGUGAAAAAUAGAUCAAAUUAUCUGUAUAGAUGCGAUACGAGCACUCCAUGAUUUUUUUUAAUUACAUGAAGACCUUAAUCCGUGCAAGACGGUUAAUCCAGUCUAUAAGGAGUAUAGACUGACAAAAUAUAUCGCUACAGAGUCGAGUACUAUACAUCAUGGUGACUUAAUAUUAUUUUCAUUUUGCAGAUUUUUACAGUUCAAGAUGAAUGUUUUUGUUUGUCAUAUAGAUUUGAUUGUUUAUUUUGGUAUCUUCUUGCUUUUUUCUCAUUAAUUACAACAAUUAUUAAUUAUGGAACAUUCAAGUAAAAAAAGAACAUAUAGUUGUUAAUUUCUGUGUCAUUUGGUCUCUUGUGGAGAGUUGUCUCAUUGGCAAUCAUACCACAUCUUCUUUUUAUAUACCUACUAAGAAGUGAGUUUGUGAUUACGCUUACAAACCUUAUGCUAUACUAAAAAGGAACGAUCGACAAAUAACAAUAUAAGUUCACUUAAACAACGGGUAUAUACAGUCAAACCUGUAUAUAAAGGUCACCUUCAGGGCUAGAGAAAACUGACUUUAUAAGGACAAUUAACAGUAAAAGGCACUAAAACCAACGGGUAAAUACAGUCAAACCAGUAUUUAAAGGUCAUCAUCAGGACCUCAGAAAACUAACAUUAUAAGUUUAGUUUUUUCUGGACCUGGUGGUGACCUUCCAUGCAAGUCAAGAGCCAAUUCUAUGGUUGUCGUUUGUUGCUGUAUAUUAUAUUUGUUUUUCGUUUAUUGUUUUGUACAUAAAUCAGGCCGUUAGUUUUCUUGUUUGAAUUGUUUUACAUUUGUCAUUUCGGGGUCAUUUAUAGCUUAUAUUAUGCGGUAUGGGUUUUGCUCAUUGUUGAAGGCCGUACGAUUACAUAUAGUUGUUAACUUCUACGUCAUUUGGUCUCUGAUGGAGAGUGGUAUCAUUGGCAAUCAUACCACAUCUUAUUUGCAUAUUGCUAUAUAAAUUAAAGGGGCUGACCUUUGAAUUGAGGUCCAAAAUGCAUAGGUAUUACUACAGUGGACCAUGUCACAAAUGUUUACCUUAAACAACCUGAAAAUCUAAUGAAAAAUAAUCCAUGUAAAUUGUUUUUUUUUUUUUUUUAAUAUGGAUGAAAGAUAUUCUUUUAGAGAUUUUUGCCUUAAAAUGAGCUCUUACAUGUAAUUUUGUGUUAUUUAAUACAUUUGGUAUUGUUUACAUGUUCUUAUACAGUAUAUGCGUCACUGCUAUCAUUUAUACUGUUUUUGCUGAUUAUGUUAAGGGGAAAACGCGGUUAUUAAAAUGGUGAAGUACGGAAAGUGGGCGGGCGACUGCAAACAAUUUUCGAGCAACAAUAUAUGAACCUUUCAAAAAAUGCUUUUCAAAUUUUGAUAUGUUGAUACUGGUGACAAAAUGGAUGUCAAGUUUUAAUUGGAUUUUUCUUGGUCUGUUUGAUUUCAUAUUGUAGGUGAAAAAGUAUGUUUAUCAACGUUUUUACCUCUUAAAAGAAUGAUUUUUGGUGGAUCGAAUCAGUCAACCAAAUGGUUCAUCCUUGUUUCACUUUCAAUGUUGACAUUCUUUUCCUUUUAAUAGCUGAGUGCAUGCGUAUAAUUGUUUACUAUUUACACAUUGUGACUUGGAUGGAUAGUUGUCUCAUUGGCACUCAUACCACAUCCUCUUAUCUAUAUUUAUAGUAACCCAUCUCCAGCUAAGGGGUUAAGAUGAAGGUCACAUGAAUACGGAUUCAAUGAGGUCAAAUUAUUCACUUGUAAGUGAAUAAUUCAUCAGCGAUGUUUCUUAUCUUAUUUUGACAAAAUUGAAACAAAUUGGCUGCUAUAAGCGAAUUAUUAUUUCACUAUAUCACUUUCAUUGAUGAUUGAACAAAACAAAACAAAUUCAUAUUUUAAGUUUUUAUAUAUCUCGUAGCUAAUGCCCCUUUAAUGCAUUUUUCUGUUAUUUGAUAAUUUUUGUAUUGUUAAGUGUUCUGUUAUACAAUAUAUGCAUCAUUGUUAUCAUUGAAAUUAUGUUUGCUUAAUUUGUUAUUUAAAAUUCCGAGAAAUCCUCAUUUUUUGCUGAUUUUUUUGUGAUUUUUUGCUUUAAAUGAGCUCGUUUUGUAGUUUUGUGUUACGUUAUACAGUUGUUAUUGUUUGCCAUGUUUUUAUACAGUAUAUGCAUCACUGCUAUCAUGAUAUUACAUUUGUUCAGUAUUUUAUUUAAGAUUUCCAGAAAUCCUCAUUUUUAGUUGAUUUAUUUUGGGGGGGUUUGCCAAAAAAUUACCUCUAAAUGCAUUUUUCGUUAUGUCAUAACUUUGGCAUUGGUAAAUGUAUUAUUAUACAAUCACUACAUUAUUGUUAUCAUUCAAAUUAUGUUUGUUGACCUUGUUAUUAAACAAAUUAAGAAAU